AUGCCAAAAGAUUCUUCCACACCAGAUUCGAUUCCUCGCUUGAUCACUUGCAUGUUGGAAAGCUCCAACGCAUUCUGCAUCCUUCGAUUGAAGAUUCACGAAUUGAUCAUUGUUUGUCCAAUGUUAUUUUCGUAUUGCUUGGGCCGCAACAAGAACAACAAGAACGAUAAAAACAUGAAAGUCGUGGUGAUUGGUGGUGGCAUGGGGGGUGUCGCGGCAUGUGUGGGGAUUCGGUCGUAUGUGGCAUCUUCCACGCAAGUGAUUUUGGUCGAACCCAAGGAUCACGUCGAGAUUUGUUGGGCCACCUACAGAGCUCUCUUUGAUCCGGAAAUUGCCAAGGCAUCGCUCUAUCCACUCGAUUUGUUUUGUUCCAAACACAAUGUCUUGCAUAUCAUGAGUUCCGUCACCAAAUUGGAAUUACUGCCGACCACAACUGGCGACGACAACGACAAUAAUACUGAUACUACUGAUACUGAUGCUAGUAUCAAAGUAACAUGCGACAAUGGAACCAUCAUGGACGAUAUUGACGUGUGCGUCGUGACGACGGGAGCCACCAAUCCGUACGCCGCCUGGGGACGCGGCAAGGAAUAUCUGUCUUUAUCUCGACCAGAACGAUUCGCAGCCAUGGCGAAAUAUGGCAAAUCCUUGUUGGAUGCCAAGACGGUGGUCAUUGUGGGUGGUGGAUUGGUGGGAACCGAAUUGGCGGGGGAUAUUGCCGUCUUUUCCAGAGAUAUCGCGCAGAGUACUCGCGUCAUUAUCGUUCAUACGGGAGAGCGAUUGUGUCACAAGGAACUCCAGGAAACCGCUUCUAAAAUGCUGCAAGAAAAAUUGGCCGAGUUGGGCGUCAAGUCCAUUUUAUCUGAAAAAGCACUCGUGGAAGGCAACAAGGUGACACUGGAAAGCUCGGGACAAGUGAUACAAGCCGAUCAAGUCAUUAUGGCGAAUGGGAUACAUCCCCACAAUAAUUCCUUUGUCGACGCACAAUAUAAAGACGACAAGGGAUGGAUUGUGGUGGAUGAAUACUUUCGCGUCAAGGGCGCGGAACGCAAGCUAUUUGCCUUUGGCGAUUGCGCCACGGCACUUCCCAAUACAGGAAACUCUAUUGUCAACAAUAUCAGUACCAUUGGAUACAAUGUCAAGGGAGUGCUGGAUGUAGCACACAAUGGAAAAGAACCGUGGAUCUCCAAACAUGCCGCACAUUCCGACGUUUACAUUUGUACCGUGGGACAUGACGAUGGGGUCGCUCAGACUCCCUUGUUAAGCUUUGAUUCCGCGUUGCCGGCAUGGAAGAACUAUUCCAUGUUCCUCUAUGAUGCGAGAAGCAAGUUGGAGCUAGAGCUUGAGGAAGGAGAUCAAAAGUGUUAA